CGGAAGCCCCCAACGCGAAAGCGUCGUGUAUAUAACGCCUGUGUCAUCCCCAGACCGAAUAAGUCCAUGUUGGUUGACCUCGCCACCAACUUCCAUCAUCCCCUCCGGAAGACGCCCGCGGGACAUACACAGCGAAAAGAAAAGAAAAAAUGCGUCUUUCCACCCUCUUCGCCGCCGCCGCCGGCGGCCUCGCCUCCCUCGCGAGCGCCGCCUCCCUCCAGCAGGUGACGUCCUUCGGCGCCAACCCGUCGGGCGCCAAGAUGUACAUCUACGUCCCGGACCGCGUCGCCGCGAACCCGGCCAUCAUCGUCGCGAUCCACUACUGCUCCGGCACGGCGAACGCGUACUACACCGGCACGCCCUACAAGGGGUACGCCGACACGUACGGGCUCAUCGUCAUCUACCCCGAGUCGCCGUACAGCGGCACGUGCUGGGACGUGAGCUCGCCGGCGACGCUGACGCACAACGGCGGCGGCAACAGCAACGCCAUCGCCAACAUGGUGACGUACACGCUCGGCAAGUAUAACGGGGACAAGAGCAGGGUGUUUGUGACGGGGUCGUCGUCGGGCGCCAUGAUGACGAACGUCAUGGCGGCAACCUACCCGGAGCUCUUCGCCGCCGGCAUCGUCUACUCGGGCGUGCCGGCGGGGUGCUUCUACACCGGCACCGUCAACGGGUGGAACUCGACCUGCGCGCAGGGCAACUCGGUCGCGACGCAGCAGGCCUGGGCGCAGACGGCGCUCAACAUGUACCCGGGCUACGCGGGCGCGCGGCCGCGCAUGCAGAUCUACCACGGCAGCGCCGACGCGACGCUGUACCCGCGCAACUGGAACGAGACCAUCAAGCAGUGGACGGGCGUCUUCGGGUACAGCCUGACGCCGCAGCAGACGCUGCCGCGCACGCCCGGCGCGCAGUACACCAAGUACGUCUACGGGCCGAACCUGGAGGGCAUCUACGGCGCCGGCGUCGGGCACAGCGUGCCGGUCAUGGGGGCGGAGGACCUGAAGUGGUUCGGCAUCACGGGCGGAUCUCCGCAGCCCGGGACGACGACGCGGAGCUCGGCGCCGCCCCCGGCUACUUCGGCGGCGAGCCCGCCUCCGGCCGGGGGAUGUACGGUGGCCCAGUGGGGGCAGUGCGGCGGAAGCGGAUGGACCGGGUGCACCGCUUGCGCAAGCCCUCACACGUGCCAGGUCUCGAACCAGUGGUACUCUCAAUGUCUGUAGGGGGGGUGGUUGAUGAGUGUGGCCGUGGGCUCGCCGGUCGUCAGAGGAGACGAAGAAGGGGGCGCGGGUUCCGGGCUGGUGCCACCGGAAGAGACUUUCCAUUCGCGGUCUCCGGUCGACAGACCGAGGAUCUUCGAGCACCGAUGGGUUACGCGCGAGAGUGGUGCCAUCUGUUCCAGCUAGUCCAAGUUUCACAAAGUCUGUUAUUCUGAGGGCAUUGGUUGCCCGGCC